GUGUUGUACAUAGAGAAUGACUAGUGUAAAUCAGGUGGCCACUUCCGCGUGUGUGUACACAUGAUGUUGCUAAUCUGUUUUAAGAGAUUAUGGACAUGUUGAAAUGCAGAGCACGCAUCUAGAGGCACUGUUCUGAACUCAACCACAUGGCGCUACAUGAGAAUGUGAAAACUGAAAAUGCUCACAGUCCUCCACCACUCUCUGGAGCAGGCGGCUUAAUCGGACUGCAACGUGACUUUCGGGUGUAGCUACACGGGAGGAUCCCAGUGAAAGUCUCAGCUGUCAGGUUUUAGCGAGGGCCUGAGAGUCCGGGACUGGGUGGGGGAUUAAGCAGGGUUUGUUUUCUAAGCGCGAUCUCUCCUGGGAGCGGAUUCCCCUCUCACUUUCCUCUUGUUUAUUGAACCAGAGCCACAACAAGUGCUUGCACAGGAAAUCUAACCUUUUUCCAGGGAUUGUCUCCAGGAUAUGAUCCGAUCUCAAGCACCACACCAACCGGAUACAGUACAGAAAUAAAGUCAGCGUAUCUGUUGGGGCGGUUUUUGUGCAAGGUUCUGGAUACCUUGUGAGUUGAAGGUUUCACUUGGUAUGUUGCUGAGGCAGUCCAGUGUCACUGUUUCAAGCUCCACAGCUUGAGAGAGGAAAUGUAUAAGAGCAGAAUUGCAGUCAUCAAAAGCCAUAGAAGACUGAACCAAACUAUCAAGAGCCCAGAGAGACUGUGUCCACUGAAGCACUUGUGAAAUCCGAGAGCUGGGGAUGCCUGCUGGACUUCACCAUCAAAGCAUGAGGAUGCAUCUUGGCCAAGGAAUUACCAGAACAGAGCUCUGUUCAGCAGCAUCAAGACAAAAGUGGCUUCAUUGAAAGGUGUCAUCCCCAAGCAAGAGCAGAGACACCUUCUUGAAAGUGGGACGUUUCCCAGGAUUGGUUCACAGAGGAGUUAAGGCCUCAGCACUAAAGAGAACAAAAAGGACUCCGCUGAAUGAAGAUGUGUUUGCAGCUGACAACCUAUAGAUGCCUCACGUCAGCAAGGAGAUCAAGGAGCUGCAGAAACAGAUCCACAGACUGCUGCUAUAGGUCAGCCUUCAGCAGGUCUGUGCUGAUAUGAACAGGACUAAGAAGAGCGACCGACUGCCUUGUAUAGAGACUCAGAAGUAAUCACACCAGAGGACUACACAGGUACUGUGGUAACAUCCUGAGUGAGUUGUAGAGGGGACAGGAGACAGUGGGACACCAGGAAGAGUGAAUAGUCAGGGGACUGGGUACAAUGUGAUACCAGGCUGAGGAGGGAAUGCUAAAUUGGAGAAUGUGUAUUUUAUGUUUGAGUUGAAUACUUUUGUACUGAGUUCUAAACCUUUGAAACAUUGCUUACUCCUCAUACCUUUUAAACCAAGGCUGCGAAACCUUUAUUCCCUGCCACUACCUUCCUUUUCUGGUUGUCUUUAAUCCACAUUAGUCUGGCCAUUUAUCUUCUGAACAUUCCGUUCCUCAGCUGAAGGUGACAGCGGCCGAUUCACACAUUCAUUUCUUCAAAGUUUGAUACAGGUACAGAAGGCUGGUCAGCCCAUCCCUAGGCUCAACUCUUCGCGUACAUCUCUUAACUCAGUCCUUCUGAGCUCGCUAAACUGUGAAACUCUUCAAGUCCCUGGAGUUUACCCUACUCCUGCAAUCAACAGGAUUUUGAAAUUCAACUUUACUCCGAGGUAUGGUUGGGUUGGUAAUUCUCUCUCAUGUUUGAGUCAGAGAACAUGGGUUUAAAUCUCACUCCAGAGAUCUGAGCAGAACACCACGGCUGGCUCUUCAGUGCUGGACUGAGAGGGCUGCGUAGUUGACGUUGCUGUGUUUCAGACAAGGAGUUAAACUAAAGCCCUGUUUACUCUUCCAGGUGGAUGUCAAGGAUCCACUGGUGUUGUUUGAAGAAGAGUAGGGCAGUUAUCCCUGCUGUAACAGGCAAACAAGAACUCUUCGCAAAAGUCUCUAAAACAUAAUAUCUGGGCAUUCUCACAUUGCUGUUUGUGGGAACUUGCUGUGCACAAAUUGACUCCUUGUUGCCAAAAUAAUUCAUUAGCCUAUAGACAUAUUGGGGUGGCUUGAGGCUAUAUAAACGGAUCUGUAUUUGAAAUCUCAAAGCCAUACCCCACCCAUUAUUUCUUGAAACCCUUCCUUCUCUGAAGUCUGCUGCCAUGGCUGUGUCCCACCAUAUUGCCUCCACAGGAAAGAACCAGUGACGAUGACUCAUUCCCUGAUCCUGCAUGUUGUCAAUAGAAUGUCAUUGGAUUGAAGCAAAGCUUGUCCUCAAUGUGCUUCCCAAAAGGUUUUUAUCAAAUUAAACGUUCCUUCACAGAAGGACAUGAGAUGGUUUCCGAGAACACCCCACAGACAUCAGUGAAAGAAGAUGUUGGGACAAUCAGAGGGAACCUUGCCAAAAUUCAGCAGAAACUCCCGUCCUAUCAGCACUUCAACUGUGUCGAUAGCAUUGUCAUGUGACAGGGCUCGAUGGUUGGCUGGUUUCAGUUUGGGAAACCAGUGUGGGUCAAUAUACCAUAUCAUGCCCUCCCUAAGGGUUAGGGGGUAAUACAAGAAUUGGAGUUUGCCUCAGUACCCUCUAGCUAGUCAAGUCACCAUCAUUUUUUGCUUCUGAAUAACAGUGAUUUUGUUUACUAUGUAAGACCUCUUGGAAUGUUGAUUGGAAUACUGUGAAUUGGGAUAUGCUUUUCAAGUGUGACUCUUUCUAUUCAUAAGUGUCAGGGUGGGGAACUUUGUGAGGAUGUACUGACCUCCCUGUCCAAGCCUCCCAAUACCAGUUCCCAUCCUAUGUAGCUGUGGACUGAGCUUUGGUUGGGAAAGCCCACUCUACAUCGAGAGCCAAAGACGGGGUUUUGCUCCAAUAGACCCUGAACCUUGCUCAUUCCCUAACCCCACACCUUGAACUGUCAGGAAUGGUCACGUCACUGAUGUGGGUGGACUGAACAAUGGAUGAAAGCUUCAGUGAACCCAACAAGUAUGAAGAACUGCAGCAUACUUUCACUGAAACGCAAACGUCAGUCUUCAAACAAAGAAAACUCUUCAUCUGAAGACAAUCAGGAAACGAAGCUGUGGCUAGAGGGAUGGACCUCAGUCUCAGGAGGUAUGGGGUUGAUCUGUGGACUUCCCUUUUGUUCUGCUCUUAAGAAUGUGAGUUACCUGACUGUGAAACUGCUCUGGAUAUUACUGUGAUUUCACACAUUGAGUUUUUGAGUUAUGGGGAUUAUAGCCUCAUGGUUAAAGAAUAGGUCCAGCAAUCCCAAAAUGUCAGAGAUUUUUCUAGCUGAAAGUUGUCCCUUGUUCAGAUUUCAGCCAUGUUUCCACCCUCCAAUCCACUCAAAAUUGACACAUGCCCUUGUUUGAGUUUGGAUAAGGGAUGAGGGCACGGCAUAGUCCAGAGAUGGAAUUCCCGGCUGAGAUUGCCUUUAUCUCUAACUCGGCAUUGCAGAAGAGGUGGCUGAGAGUUGAAAUAUCCAUUCUUGCUCAGAGGGUGGUCAUUUGACCAGACCAGAUGUUGAACUUGUGGUUUCAGAUACCCAGAGUGACAGCAAGUUGAAGAGGGAGAGAAAGUCUGUGUACAUUUAGAAUUUAAAAAUAUUGGGAUCCAACAUAAAGGUGGAACUCUUUCUCCCUCCAGUUCUGUCCUCUUGUGCACCCCAAGAUAUUAUUGCUGUACCAUCGGUGGAUGUAGCUUCAGUUGUCUCGGACUCAAUUCCUCUGCCUUUGCUUCUUCGGUCGCACAGGUCCUUAAAGCCUAUCUUAUUGAGCGAAUGUUAGCUCAUUUAUCCUAAUAUCUCCUGAUGUGGCUCAGUGUCAAAUUCUGCUCAUGUGAAACACCUUGGGACAUUUUCCUGUGUUGAAUGUGCUCCAUAAAUAAAGUUGUGUUGUUGUUUAGAAUGUAACCAGGGGCCGUUUUCUCCAGCACUGACCACAACUUUUCUUUUUAAAAGAAGCUGAACUCUUCAGGAUCCGGUGAGUGGUGUGUGUGUGUGUGUGUGUGUGUUUCUGAUUUAUCUUAACAGGUUGUGGGAUCUUGUGCCAUAUGCCCGCAACUGUGCUCGAGCAGAAAGGGGUGUCCCGGAAGUUGAACCUGAUCCCAAAGGUGGUGCAGAUGCAUACUCGCAGUGAGGAACAGAUCGUGGCGGAGUGCAUCAGGGGACAAACGCUGUAGUGCCCAUCCAGCUGCUCGACAUGGGUGGGCGGUGACCACAACAUGUCUGCUCCUGGCAGCAAGAAAUUGCUGGAGAACUCCGCAGCAUCUGAGGACAGAAAUCGGAGUUAACGUUUCGGGUCCAGUGACUUUUCCUCAGACUGAAGAAUAUUCCCAAAAAUAUUGAAUGGACGGGAAGGUUUCAAAACCUUUGAUGGAGAAAAAAAGAAGAGCUCGGAUCAACGAAUGCCUGGAACAGCUGAAGUGUCUACUCGAGGAGCAUUAUUCCAGUAACAUCAGGAAACGGAAACUAGAAAAGGCCGAUAUUUUGGAGUUAACAGUGAAACAUCUGCGGGAUUUGCAAGGCGCUCGCAAAGGCGUUCUGAUGCUGACCCAGGAGGGAGUGGCUGAAUACCAGGCUGGAUUCCGGAGCUGCUUGAACGGGGUCAGCCAGUAUCUGCUCCGAAGCAAAGGUACAGACGAGCAUUUGCGCCUGGGAGUGCUGAAUCACUUGGUUAACGCUUUCCCUGUAUUCACCGGCACCCGUUUCAGCACCGCGGACAGCGGCUGCAGGAUCGAAGCUGCGCCAUCGCCCCUGGCUCAGGCCGCCCAGAUGCCAGCGGUCACCCCGCCGCCGGGCGAGCUCUCUACUGCCUCCACCCGCGUGAAUAGCCCUGCCAAACCCAGCUCUCCUCCCCACUUAGAUCGAAACAACUGCCAGAGGAGGCAAGUGAUUGAAAUCCGAUCGGCUGAUAAGGAAAAGGACAAGAUUUCCAGUCCGGAGCCCGCAAGAGUCCCACACUUUCCGCCUCUCAUUCCUCAGAGUAAACGUACCAAAGACAAUGUACUUUCCUCUGAUUCAGAAUCUCUCUGGCGGCCUUGGUAGAGACAGACUGUGAUGUACAUAUUGCAGUGUCCUCUCUAGCAUCUGACACAUUUUUGUGUAUUUACGAUGUUAUGUAAAUGUGUUGUACAAAAUGAGUUUGAAAUUUUAUUUCUAUAUUGAGAAACAAUAAAGUC